AUGGCUGGCAAGCAUUAUCAAGCUAAGUCCAAAGACAAGGAAGAUGCUAAAAUUGAUAAAUCAUUUGAUCUUCAGCAGGUAUUAGCCACACCACACAUCCAAACUAAUAUUAUGUUUUACAAAAGACAGAUAUCUGUCUAUAAUUUAACUAUUUUUGAUGGGGCAGUAGGAGCACACAACUUUUUAUGGGACGAAACAACAGGGGGCCGGGGAGCAAACCAGAAUGGUUCCUGUUUAUUCAAAUAUUUAACUACUCUGCCUGCCGAAACACCAAACAAUAAUACUGCUUUGGAAAAGUACACGAACGCCAUCUAA